AUGAACCAGACACCCUCCUCGAACCACGGUGGCUCUAUGCUCACUACGAACAACGUCGCCGCCCAGGGCGCGUACGAAGAUGUCCCCAACUCUCGACCCCAGAGCCCGACGACAUAUAGAGCGAUGACCUCGUCGUCGCCGUCGGCCAGGCUCUCGCCGGGACGCUCUUAUGCGUCCGCGGUCGCUAGGUCUCUCUCUCCGCGAAACUCCAAUGAAAAUGAUCAAAACACUGCAGGCCCUGCGCCGCCACCGUCUACCCCAGUCUCUCUGGCAAAUGUAACGAACAACAACCUUCGUCUUGCCACUAUGUCCAGCCAGGAGGCCGGCUGGACCGUUGUCUCUCACAAGAAAAAAGGCAAGGCAGUGGCCGGCGCCAUUGGCCGCCGUGGGUCCAAUACGCCGCGCCCUGACGAAGUUCGCCGCGUCGUACUCGAGGACCAAGUUGUGGAGGCCGAGGACCCUGGCAGCGCGUCGAGGAAACGCCGCCGCACCGAGGAAGACCUUGGCAAUGAGGACUCCCCGUCUGUCGAGACGCGUACACAGAACGCUCCUGUCCGUCUGCCCACGUCUGAAACCUCCCAGCCCCCCACGGCCUCGUCUGAGCCGGCGGCGUCGUCAUCGAGAGUCCCACACCCUGUCCAAUCCAACGAGCCGUCGUCCUCCCGUCCUCACAACUCGGUCGUCGACAGCUCGCUCGACAUCGGCUUCGCGAUCGUCCCUGACUCUGAUGUUGUCGAGUCGCUCCUGGCUAUCCCGGACCACUCUUCGCCCCAUACCCCACUUCACGUCCCUGCAUCUGGGCGUAGGCAUAGCGGGCGCGCGGCGAGGGCGUCCAUCGACACCUCUGACGACGACGACCAAUCGGAUAUCGGUGAUCUACUGCCGCUCUUCCCGCUCCCUCCGUCGUCCAUCCCAACUAGCUCCCCGCGCACGCCCGCUCCCCACAGGCACCAACGACAGGCAACUCCGAUCGCACCGGCCCGCGGCCAUCGAUGGUCGGUGGUUAGCACGAGCAGCAUCGACGACGAUGGCUCUUGGCGCUCCUCGCAGCGAACGCCCUCGAUUCAGGAGGUCGAAAUGGCUGACGCUACUCGGCCUGACACUCCCAUCCCAACGUCUUCCUCGCACUCUCGCCGUCGCAUCCGCCGCCGUCUGCUCCGCCGCGAACGUCGCGAACACCGGGCCGCCUCUGUCGCGAGCACCUCCCAGACCUCAGCUGACGACGGCCCGGACGAGCCUCCAAUCACCUUCGACGUCGAUGCCCUGGACCCCGACUACGUCGCCCCUCUAUCACGCUCCUGGCGUCGCGUCCAAGGCGAUAGCGCGAGCUGGAGGGGACGUGGCAUGGCGGCCGCCCAGCGCGAGUCUUGGAACGAGCUUGACGACACUGAGUCUGUACUUGCAGUUCAGAUUCCCUUCCACGGCACAGAAGAACCCGGGGUCAGUAUGCGUAUUGAACUCAUGCUUGAAGUAUUCCGCCGCGUCUUACUGAUCCCCGGUGCCUUCAUCCUUCCAGGCUACUCCGUCGCCGGCUUCCAUGGUAUGAACACUGAGCCGUUCUGGUACCUAGCGCGGGGGAUUCCUCUGCCCACUAUUGUAGCUCUUGUAGGUCUAGGUUGGCUCAACUCUACCCCCAUCACUCUCAACUUUGACUUCUGGCGCGACUCGAAUCCCCACCUGUGCGGUAUGUUCAGAUUUAUUUAUAGAUUUGGAGCACAGACCAAGGCCGAGUACGAGAAUCUUGUACGCCGCGCCCUUCUCGAAUCGGACCUCUUCGACACCACCUAUGAUGUCCUCACGCGCGACAUCUCUCGCGGCGGGAUGUGGCGCGGAUCAACAAGGAUCGACGCUCUCAACGCCAUCCUCGAUUCAAUCGACGUCGACAUCAUCCACUGCCGCGUCUCCGCGAACACGACGGAGCCUGUUGCCGUCAUCUACGUCAUGCCUCCCACGUCUGACCGCCGCGACUGGUUGCGAUUCAGCAGCCAGCUGAAGCGCCACCACUUCGGGUCAAACAUUGCAGGACACCCCGAACCCUUCACGAGCCGAGUCUGGUGUGGCUACUGCCACUCGCUCGGCCACAUCGCAGGGGCAUGCAGCGUACGUCGGACGAUCGGCUGGCACGAGCCACCCCUGCAGACCCAGCAGCAAGCCCAACCGCCGCAGAACAACGGUGCGAACGGUGCAAUUGGCAGGGGCCGUGGACGCGGUAAUGGUCGCGGCAAUGGUCGUGGACGUGGAGGGAAUGGCCGUGGCCGCGGUAACUUCUGA